UGAUCAACCCGCUGCAGGAAUGAGUGAAGAUCAGUUUGACGUAGUUGUAGUCGGCGCUGGCCUGUCUGGACUCAGCGCGGCUCGCAGGCUGCAAAAGAGAAACGCGCAACUCAGCGUGUUGGUUUUGGAGGCCAGAGACCGUGUCGGGGGAAGAACUGUAAGUGAAGACAUACCAGCCGCGAAUGGCGUUGACCAGUGGGACAUGGGUGGACAGUGGGUGUCCAGCUCGCAGACCCACGUCAUGGAGCUUAUUCAAGAGCUUGGUGUGGAGGUCUUUCCACAAUACACAGAGGGCAAGAAGGUGCAUCACAUGGGUGGUCCGCAUGCUAAAAUCACAACGUAUGCUUCUAGCAUCCCAUCAUACUCCCCGCUGAUCCUGCUGGACUUCACCCAGAUUCUGUGGCGGAUUGACCGUCUCACUAAGGCCAUAUCAGUUGAAGACCCAAUGAGUUCUCCUAAUGCCGAGCUCUAUGACAGCAUGACGCUUUACUCCUUCAUGGAAAAACAUAUUUGGUCCACACAGAUAAAAGAGGAGAUAUCCUUGUGUAGCCGUAUCGUGUUCGGCCUGGAAGCCUCUCAGGUCUCCUUCCUCUACUUUCUCAUGUACUCCGCUGCAGCAGGGGGCACCCUACGCCUCCUGGAGACCACACCUGGCUCGGGUCAGGAGUUCAGAGUCAAGGGAGGCACUCAGCAGCUGUCAGAGAAACUGGUGGAGCAGAUCGGAGCGGAGCGGGUUCGGCUGGGUGCCGCCGUAACGACCAUAUGUCAGGAUUCAGAGAACAUAAAAGUUACGACUUCUGCAGGCACAGUCACUUGUAAAGCCGUCAUUGUUGCGUGUCCUACUCACUUGGCAGCCAAGAUCCACUUCGAGCCUGCUCUGCCAGCUGAGCGCCAGCGCCUUAUCCAGUGCCUGCCCAUGGGCCACAUGAUGAAAUUUAUCGUCACAUACCCCACUGCAUUUUGGAAGGAAAAGGGUUUCUCUGGGGAAAUCGUUGUUCGCCCCUCCGAGGACUGCCCUUUAAGUGUCACAUUUGAUGCCACCAGCCCCAAAGGCAAUCCAGCGCUGGUGGGGUUCAUCACUGGAGUACAGGCCCUUGACUGGAGCGACAGAAAGAUGGAGGAGAGAAGAGAUGCUGUCAUCUCAUGCCUGGUGAAGUACCUCGGCCCGGAGGCGUCCACCUACAUUCACUAUAGGGAAAAAGACUGGGCAAAGGAGGAAUAUAGUGGAGGCUGUCCUGUGAAUGUAAUGACCCCUGGGAUGCUAACGUAUUACCACCCUAGUCUUCGAAAGCCCUUCGGCAGGAUUUAUUGGGCAGGCACAGAGACGGCCACCCAAUGGUGUGGAUACAUUAGCGGGGCAAUUCAGUCCGGUCAGCGGGCAGCUAUGGAGGUCCUAGCACAGAUGUGUCCUUCUUCUCUGUCCCGGGAGGAACUGGACGCAGUGCGAGCUGCCCUGAAACACAGUGACCCAAGAAAGGCGUCAAAGUGCAAGUCGUCCAAGUCUUACUGUCUCCUCGGUGUGGUAAUGACAGCCGCUGCACUGGUGGCCGCCUACCUGUUGGCACAACCAGAACUAGGAUUUAAAUGGAUUUAAGGGGAUUUGUUUCUUGAAAGUAUUUGGUUGUUGAACCUUAAAAUACAUCACAAAGUAAUUGCGUAAUUUAGAGAUUCUUGUCACCAUUAAGCAUUGUACGUCCAUAAUGGCAAGUAUUUCUGAGUGAAACAUGAUUUUCUAUGAGAAACUUGAUUGUCUAUUGGAAACUGAUUGGUCCAUGAAACCAUGCUAUAAUAGAGAAGUGUGUUGCGUACAAGAAUAGAGAAAUAAGAGGGCUUAGAGAUGUUAGCCAAAAAGGUAAGAAACAAACACAGCAAGUUUGUGCUGAAAGUUUAUGCAGAUUUUUUGUGUGUGUAUGUGGAAAAAAGACCAGGAAUGUGAUUCAAGAAUGUAAAAAUGGCCAGUUCAAUUAUUUGUAGUAUUAGUAUUCAAGCAUUAGUAUUUUAAAAUCAGACUAAAAUAGAAUAGCAGAGUAUAAUCACUCCUUGUUGUAUCUUGCACUUAAUCAUAUUUCUAGAUUUGAGUUUCUAAGCAGCGAUUGGGGCCUCGUCAUGUAAUUACGUGAUAUACUGUGUUAUGUGGAGGAAAUAUGAAACAUCAAAGUACAGAAAUGAAGCAAACACACUGUGAGCUAUAAAUGUGUUUUGUCAAGCACAAUGAGUGCCUCUCUUUCUUUCAACCCCAUGAGAAUCUCAAUUGUUAUCAGGAGAAUAAAGCAUGUCGGAUACUCAAGUUUGUCAAGGCCUCUUUGAACAGGUUAAAUGAGUUUAAUGGCACUCUCGUCGUGCAUAAAUGCACAAUGCCACAUUAUUUUAGAUAAUGACAAUAAUAUAGGCAGUGAAAAUGUCAAACUAUAAUAGACCAAACUGUAACCAAACAUUUUUAAAAAUGUGUACACAUUAAUAUUAACAUACAAUAUAAAAUAUCCCAGAAACAGUAUCAUUAUACAAUAUCAGUAUUAACAAUCUUGACACUAAUAUUUACUCUGUAUACUCACCUACUAUUUUUCAAACAGCCUGUAGGUGGAAGCUAUGAGCACCACUUAAUUACAUAAUAAUAAUUUAGUAUAACGAAUUAUCAACCUUUUAGGUGAUACUGCAUGUAGGAAACUAUUAAUUGUUAGUUUGGUCACACUUUAUAUUAGGUGACUUACAUAAAAAAAUAAGGACAAUGUACUUAUUGUGUUCAUAUUGUUUUGCACAACACUUUUGAGGUAGGAUAAAGUUAGAGACAGGCUUGGUGGUAUGGGUAGGUUUAAGAGUGGGUUUAAGGAGAGGCUUAACAUUGUAAUUAUAGAUGAAAUUACAGAAAUUAAUUACAGCUAUAAUGCAAUAUUUCUUUAAAUAUAAGUACAACGUGAAAACACGUACACAAUAAGUGCAUUGUAUCAAAUUAUUAAUUUAAAUGUUUGGACAUAGUAGUUAAAGUCACCUAAUAUAAAGUGGGACCGUUAGUUUUGUUCAUGUUCACUUGUUGUUUGAAUUAACUUGUCUGUGCAAUAUAAGUUGUAGCUAAUAUUACAUUUAUGUUGUCACAUCUGUGAAAUGUGGAAAUGCACUAUGUUGGUAAAUGAAUACAUUUACAGUUUAAUCCAUUAUUGUUUUUUUUGUGUGAUAUAUCUAAUUAAUGCUGGUUAUGUAACUAAGUGACAGUGCACAAAGAAUCCAUAUUCAUUUCUAUGUAAUUAAUUUUGCUUCAGAAACAAAUUUGUCUUGCAUGUGGUAACAUAACUGCAGUCCACAAUAAAGCAUUUAAUCUA